GAAAUGCAAAAGAUUUGGCCCACAAGCGUGGCUUACAGUAGCAAAUGUGAUGACAGAAACUGUGAUAUGUUAUAAAUUUGGUAGAGGGGAAUUUCCAAAUCCCGCACCAACACACGUAGUUGUGUUUUGGACAAUACUAAUAACGGCCUUGAUUGGAUAUUCCACAUUGCAAUUCGGAAUCCCAUACAUGAAUGAAAAAUGGAAAUCCAAGUAUUCUAAUCGUCGUUUAAAUACAAAGAAAACUACAUAG